AUGCGGUACGAGGAUUGGGAUGUCCUCCUUUUCGAGGAGGGCUUUAGUAUUCCCUCUCGGGAAUUUAAGGUGGCAUGUCAUGUCGUUCAACAUGCGGAGUCCAUGGGCUCUGCUCUCCCGACCCUCACGUGUUUUGUUCCUGGCCUUAACGCUGGAGUUCCCUUUCGGAUUUCUAUCCAUUCUUGGAAAGCAUCAAAGGAUUUAAAUGGUGAUCAUAUCCUCAAUAUUAACAAUUCGAUCCUUGAAACCAGGCUCUUCAUCGAUGGGACUCUUGUUGCAUCUACCUCCACCACCGGCAGCAUUCGCUUCCCAUUGAUCAUAAACAGGCAAGGUCACGAGAGCCUCAAGUUUCCCAUAUUCCAGCAGGAACUGCUAUGUCAACGUCACUGGAGCCCAGCCGACAACCUUGGCCGUAUCAAGCUCAUCAUCAACCAAGGCUUCUCUAGUGCUUCGCCGAGCGUUUUGUUCACGGGGAACGUCAACAAUACAGUUGUCUUUUCCUUUCAACAUGCACCCCAACACAUUUUAGAAGGCCUUCAGAUUGCCUGGCCCAACCCAGCCAUGUGGCAUCGUCAACGCCAACCUUCUGCACCAGCUUCUACCGAUAGCUCCCAUGUCAACUCACGUCAACCACUUUUUGCUCGUCGUGGACAAGCGGCUCCGCAACAUAUUAACGAUGCUGCUCUUGGAACGAUGCCAUUUUCUGGUGGUAACGCUACAAUUGGAUGCCCAAAAACUCCGGUGAACGGGCCAAUGUCACCAUGGAGUUAUGUUCUCGUGCCACCGCCAGUAAGAGAAGGAUCACCAUAUUUGUUGGCUUCCGAGAUGCAAUCUCGCAGAAAUCACGAACAUUCCGCGUGGCCGACUUCUCCAACUUUCACCGACGCCACGUUAAGGUUGGAUCAAACCCAGAAUGCAUCGCAACAGAUGUACCCCCAGCCAAACAGUGCUCCGAUGUCAUUUGUACAACCUCAACUACAUAGUCCUGCGAUUCAAGGGUCGAUACAAUUCAGCCGAGGAACUCCUGCAAGAAAUCAUGCCAGGCUUAUCUUUGCGCCGAAACGCAACAGUCCACAGGAGUCUUUCAACUUGGAUGUUAUUGAAAGGGCGACAAAGAGAGCUCGAACCAACACUCCAAAGUCUGCAAAGACGCUUAAUCACGAACACCAAAAUAUCAGCCCUCACUUUGGUAGCCCCUAUGAGUUGAUAAACCUAGCUGAGGAUAUCAUUUGA